GCGGCUGAGGAGCGUAUGGAGUCCUCCUCGUCGGGCUCCGCCAAGGCGCGCCAGGGCAGCGGCGUUGGCGGCGGCGGCGGCGGCGGCGCGGACACCUUCGACAUCCCCGGCAAGGGCGCCCCCAUCGAGCGCCUCAAGAGGUGGAGGCAAGCGGCUCUUGUGCUGAAUGCAUCAAGGCGCUUCCGGUACACCCUUGACUUGAAAAAAGAAGAGCAAAAGGAAGAAGUCAAAAGGAAAAUUCGUGCACAAGCUCAUGUCAUAAGGGCCGCGUAUCGUUUCAAAGAGGCAGCUCGAGUCAAUGUUCAGCCAAAGGAGACAACAGAUGCAGCACCACAUGUCGAUGGUGCACUUGGCUUUGGAAUUAAAGAAGAACAGCUCACUGCACUGACCAGAGAUCACAACUACUCUGCUCUACAGCAGUAUGGAGGGAUUUCAGGGGUGGCAAAUAUGCUAAAGACAGAUACGGAGAAGGGAACAGGCGGAGACGAUCCAGAUCUGAAGGCAAGGCAAAAUGCAUUUGGAUCCAAUACAUACCCCCGUAAGAAAGGGAGAAGCUUCCUGUCUUUUGUGUGGGACGCCUGCAAAGAUUUGACACUCAUCAUCCUCAUGGUCGCUGCUGCUGUUUCACUUGCCUUGGGCAUAGCGACAGAGGGGAUUAAAGAAGGCUGGUAUGAUGGAGCCAGCAUUGGCUUCGCUGUGCUCCUUGUUGUAUUUGUUACAGCUACUACUGAUUACAAACAGUCACUGCAGUUUCAAAAUUUGAAUGAAGAGAAACAAAAUAUCAGCUUAGAGGUAGUUAGAGGUGGAAGGCGAAUCAAGGUAUCGAUAUAUGAUUUGGUUGUUGGCGAUGUCGUGCCUCUCAAGAUUGGUGACCAGGUACCUGCUGAUGGGAUCCUUAUCAGUGGUCACUCCUUCUCCAUAGACGAAUCAAGUAUGACAGGAGAAAGCAAAAUCGUAAACAAAGACCAGAAGUCGCCGUUUAUGAUGUCCGGUUGUAAAGUCGCCGAUGGCUACGGUACAAUGCUGGUGACCGCUGUGGGCAUCAAUACUGAAUGGGGAUUGCUAAUGGCAAGCAUAUCAGAAGAUUCUGGUGAAGAAACACCUUUGCAGGUUCGCUUGAAUGGUGUUGCUACCUUCAUUGGAAUAAUUGGACUUACUGUUGCUGUUCUGGUUCUUGUUGUCCUCGUGGCCAGGUACUUCACUGGGCAUACCUAUAAUCCGGAUGGGUCUCCGCAAUAUGUGAAAGGAAAGAUGGGUGUGGGCGCAACAAUAAAGGGAAUUGUUAAAAUCUUCACAGUGGCGGUCACGAUUGUGGUUGUGGCUGUUCCAGAAGGACUUCCAUUGGCUGUCACAUUGACGCUUGCUUUUUCCAUGCGUAAAAUGAUGCGGGACAAAGCUCUGGUCAGGAGGCUUUCAGCAUGUGAGACAAUGGGCUCUGCAACAACAAUUUGCAGUGACAAGACUGGCACUUUAACUUUGAAUCAGAUGACUGUUACCGAAGCAUACUUUGGUGGAAAGAAGAUGGUUCCUGCUGAUAAUACUGAGAUGUUAUCUGCUUCUGUCUCGACCAUGAUUAUUGAAGGAAUUGCUCAGAAUACAUCUGGAAGCAUAUUUGAGCCUGAGGGUGGUCAAGCUGAGGUGACUGGAUCGCCAACUGAAAAGGCUAUACUGUCUUGGGGGUUGCAGCUUGGCAUGAAAUUCAAUGAAACAAGAUCCAAGUCCUCUAUUCUUCAAGUCUUCCCAUUCAAUUCGGAAAAAAAGAGAGGCGGGGUUGCAGUGCAUGUGGGUGACUCUGAGGUUCAUAUAUACUGGAAAGGAGCCGCUGAACUUAUUCUGGAGUCAUGCACAGAUUGGCUUGACGCAGAUGGUUCAAAGCAUUCAAUGACCCCUGAGAAAGUUGGUGAAUUUAAGAAAUUCAUAGAAGACAUGGCCGUCGCUAGCCUCCGGUGUGUAGCCUUUGCGUACAGACCUUGUGAGAUGAGUGAUGUUCCAAAAGAGGAUCAGAGGGCCGAGUGGAUAUUACCUGAGGAUAACCUGAUCAUGCUCGGUAUAGUAGGAAUAAAGGAUCCCUGCCGCCCAGGAGUUCAAGAUUCUAUCCGUUUGUGUACGGCAGCUGGAAUUAAGGUCCGCAUGGUCACUGGGGAUAACCUUCAAACUGCCAGAGCCAUAGCCUUGGAAUGUGGAAUACUUAAUGAUCCAAAUGUAUUGGAGCCAGUCAUCAUUGAAGGAAAGACAUUUCGGGCUUUGUCAGAUUUGGAGAGGGAGGAAGCUGCUGAAAAUAUUUGUGUGAUGGGGAGGUCUUCACCAAAUGAUAAACUUUUAUUCGUUAAGGCACUGAGGAACAGAGGUCAUGUUGUUGCUGUUACUGGCGAUGGCACAAACGAUGCCCCAGCGCUACAUGAGGCCGAUAUUGGUCUCUCAAUGGGCAUUCAGGGGACUGAAGUUGCCAAGGAGAGUUCUGAUAUUAUUAUCUUGGAUGACAAUUUUGCUUCAAUUGUCAGGGUUGUCAGAUGGGGCCGUUCAGUUUAUGCAAACAUUCAGAAAUUCAUACAGUUCCAGCUAACUGUAAAUGUCGCAGCUUUGAUAAUCAAUGUAGUUUCAGCCGUCAGUUCUGGUGAUGUUCCGCUGAACGCUGUGCAGUUACUCUGGGUUAAUCUGAUCAUGGACACUUUGGGAGCACUUGCAUUAGCGACCGAGCCACCGAACAACCAUCUUAUGCAGAGACCACCGGUUGGACGGAGGGAGCCUUUGAUAACAAAUAUCAUGUGGAGAAACUUGCUCAUAAUGGCUUUGUAUCAAGUUGCAGUUCUUCUCACUCUCAACUUCGAUGGUACGAACCUUCUGCAGUUGAAACAUGACAACCAUGCGCAUGCUGAAAAAGUGAAAAAUACCUUCAUAUUCAACACAUUUGUUCUCUGUCAAGUGUUCAAUGAGUUCAAUGCUAGGAAACCAGAUGAGCUAAAUGUAUUCAAAGGCAUUACAGGGAACCAUCUGUUCAUGGGCAUUAUAGCGAUAACAGUUGUACUCCAGGUACUUAUCAUCGAGUUCCUUGGCAAGUUCACGUCAACAGUCAGGCUGAGCUGGCAGCUGUGGUUGGUGUCGAUAGGUCUUGCUUUUAUUAGUUGGCCAUUGGCACUCUUGGGAAAACUCAUUCCUGUUCCAGACCGUCCGUUCUCAGAGCUCUUUGCGUGCUGCUUCCCAGAGAAGAAACAGGAUGAUGAUGCGAAGGAGAAGGAGGGCAGUGCCAAGCACAGCGAAGUAUGAAUGAAGGAUGGGCGUCGAGGACCUUUGCUGUUUUUUGGUCAAGGUUUAACAUGAUUGAGCUGUAGUUAUGUGGUGAUUUGGCUUGUAGAUGCUCUAGGCUUCAUGUGGAUAGGUCUCACUUUUGGAAACUUUCCAGGCUAUCUUAACCACACCCGUGACUCUUGAAGGCUGACUUGGAAACUAGUAGAACGUAUCAUGUUUGUUUAGGGAUGCUGGAAUUUGGCUUAAAUGGAUGGUUGAGAAGAGUACUCCUGAUUC